AUGUGUGAUAAUCCAACAAAUCUAAGGGAAUUCCUCCCUCUGGAUGAAAUAAAGUCAAAUUUUGAAUUAAAAAAAUAUGAACAUGUAAUUAAUUUAACGAAAAAUAUUUACACCUUUGAGGGGUGUGAUGAAUAUGCCCUGAGGGCUAGAUACUAUUGUUUAAUUGAGAGGGAAGAGUUUACAAAAUUGGUACAUGAAAUAAUGCACAUAUUGACAAGAACUAAUAAAGAGAAUUUUUCUACAAAACAUAAGAUCAGUAAUGGUGAUACUGGUGUGAAGAAUAAAUGCAAAAAAACUUUUAAAGAACUUUUUCAAGAAAAUUAUGAAUGUAUUAAAAAUAAAAAUGUUUUAUUUGAACUCUUUUAUUGUAUGUAUAAAUUGAAUAAGUUAAAAAAGCUUAAUGGUUGUUUAAAAUAUGUAAUAGAACAAGAAAAUGAUUUUCAUCAAUUUGUAGAUAUACUACUAGGAGAAGUAAAUUACAGAUUGCAUCACUUUGAAACGUGUAUUAGUUCUUAUGAAAGCUUACUAAGUAAUGAAAAUCCCAAACAAGCAAUAGCAGCUUCGAUUAAUGUGAAUAGUAGUUACUUCUCUCUAUACAUGAAACUAUUGUAUCAAUAUAACUUUUUACGUAAGGUAAACACAAAAGCUAGUUCAAGAAAGCCGAACGACAACAACCAAGUCAAAUAUGAAGACAUUGAACAGGUGAAAAAUCAUAUUUUAACCAAUACAAACAAUUUUAAAUUCGAUGAAGAGAAUGAUAGCUUUGAACAAUUAUUUAAUUACUCUACGUUUUUUAUAAUUGAAAAGAAUUACACUGAAGCCACCAAGUUCCUUGAUUUGUCUGAUGCCAUUUGCAGAAAUUCCACAUUGGAUGAUGAUUUGUCAGAUCCUGAUAAUUUAACUGGGGGCCAUAUGAACCAAAUUGAUGAGAAGACAGAUCAAGGAAUGGGUAACAAAAUGAAUCACGAUAAUUAUGUACAUGAGGAAGAAACAUAUGCAAACCGUGUAAUUUCACUUGAGAAAAAAAAUAAAAAUAAAACUUACGUAAACCUGAUAAGAAACAAACAAAUGCUCAUUCAGUUGCAUAGAGCCUACAUAUAUUCCAAGUCCAACCGAAUGAAAGACGCCGUAGAGAUAUAUGAAAGUGUGUUAAGAAAUUACGAGGAAUAUGAACAGAACGGAUACGCAGAAAUUACUGACAACAUCAUCAACUUUAUCCCUUUUUUUGUAGCGUAUAAUAAUUACAAUGCACUUAGAAAUAACUGUGAAGGCAAAAGCAUUCAGCAUGUCAGCCCAAAACUAAAGAAUGUAACAUCAUCAAGUCUACAAUCAAGAACUUCAACCGUAGAACAACUCGGGGAUCCAUCUGUUAUCAGCUUUAACAUGAGCCCAGACCAAAUGCAUAAAAUAAAAACAUAUAUACGUAUGAACAGAAUCGGUGCAAAAAACAGCUUAAACAAACAUAUGCAAAUGGUAGGACUCUUUAAUGAAUGCUUACAGAGCCUUAAGAACGAACAAAAGGACGAAUUCAAAUCCAAAUUGAAUAACUUCUCAAGGAGAUUCAGCAAUACUGUUAUGCUAGACAAACUAAUUGUGUUAUUUUUAAAAAAGGAGAAUUCUUAUAUAAAGUGUAAGCAUCAUCUGCUAAAGAAUAUUCAUUUGAUGUAUUCAUAUGAAAAUAAAAUAAAAUUUUUAAACGCAUAUAUAUCAUUAUGCUAUGAGAGAAAAAGUUUUAACGAAAUUGUAAAAUUGUAUUUGAAAUAUGAGCAUGUGUUUAAAAUAAAUAUCAAUUACUAUCGUACAUUUUUUUCUAAUUUGUUUUAUAUAUACAUUUGUGCACGUUUUAAAAAAAAAAAGGAGCAUUCCGUUCCUGAGGAUGGUAGUGCACCGACGAACCUAAAUCUAGUUAUCGACCUUUUCAAAAAAUACAAAGAAAUUAUUAAAACGGAUUUACAAAUUGUUAACUAUGAAACGUUAUUUCUAGUUAGUAAAUAUUUAUUACUUCAUGAAAAAUCAGAAAUUUUGAUAGAUCUCUUUGAACAUUUAUCGAAAAAAGCCCCCAAUGAUUUCCACUUCUACUUCUGCUUUACUUAUAUAUAUACCUAUAUCAAUAUGAGCUCCGCAAAUAAAUUUGAAGACAAAUUGAAGAAAGCAGUUCUUACUGAAACGUAUCUUAUCGAUGUAGAAGAACUUGAAAAUAAAAAUUUUCCCUUCAACUUAACCAUAGAUAGUGGUGCUGGUGGAGGAGGUAAAGAUCCUUCUGUCUCUAUUUCAACCAGGACAGAUAAUAAGAAUAAAAAAAAAAGAAAAAGAUCGAAGAAGAAAAAGAAAGCAGGCGAUGGAAAAAAUUACAAUCCCAAUUAUAAUCCAGAGAAAUGGCUCCCGAAACAUGAGAAAAGUACAUUCAAGAAAUCUAAGAAAAAGAAGCAAAAAACAGAAGAAUUGCCUCCUAAACAUAAGGCUGUUGUUGUGGAGGAGGAACCAAAAAAUCAAGUCAAUUCAUCCAAAUUGCAAAAUCUGAAGAAACGAAGGAAGAAGUAA